UUUGGACACACCAUUUAUCUUAUCCUUAACCGGGAUAUUUAUCUUUCGGUACAAGGACGUGACGACCACCAAUGUCAGAUUUACAAUAAACUCGGUUACGGUUUGGUUAAGUAUACCGAUUGAUAACCAUAAGAGAACCGGUUUUGUAACCAUCUAAACAAAAUAGUGCGGAUGGAUGAGCUUCAGGAAGAAGAAGUGAAGCUCCAGAAACGCCAUACCCAUGGCUCUUUUGUCUCUCCCCUCUCCGAACUGUCGUCUUUUCAGGUGCAGGAGCAGCAACAUUUCGAGCAAGUAUCAUGGAGAAUCGAAGGAGCUAAUGAUUGCUCGCUCUGGUGUUUCUGCGAGAUCGAUUUCUUCGGAAGAUGGGAUUUCUCGUAGGGAUUUAGUGUUAAUUGGUCUCUCUUCUCCGUUGUCUAUGCUCUUGCCAGUUUCGUCUGCUGGUAAUGUUUUGUUUGCCCGCUCUAAUGUUUUAGAAUUGUGGCCAUUGAUGGUUUUCCUUCAACUUGUUAUUGCAGCCACUCAUGCAGAAGAAGCAGUGAAAAUGGGUGCAGAAGAACUGAAAAUGGGCUCAAUGGUGGAUGAUAUAAAUGCUUAUUCUUAUGCUUACCCUCUGGAGUUUCCAUCUGAGAAGCUUGUCUUCAAAUGGGUGGAAUCAAGAAAGCCUGAACGUUACUCUUCGGCUGCACCACUCUCUCUUACCGUGUUACGCAUCAAGUUAGUGACUGAAUCUGUUUCAUCUGGUCCAGCUGAUGCGCGUCUACGGAUUGUUUCUGAACGAGUUGACCUCAUCGACAACCUCGUGAUUUCUAUUUCGAUAGGUCCCCCAAACUCAAGAUUCCUAACAUCAAAAGAAAAGAAAACUUGGACAGCCAAAGACGUUGCGGACUCUGUUUUGUCUGAUAAAUCGGCAUUGCGUGUCACCUCAAGUCAGCGUCUUGAAGAGAGCUCGGUUCUUGAUGCACACACUACUGAUAUUGAUGGGGAGCCUUACUGGUACUACGAGUACCUUGUUCGCAAAUCACCAACCAAAAUCGCUGAAGCAUCAAAACUUUACAGACACUAUAUUUCUUCAACAGCUGAACGCGAUGGGUACUUAUACACCAUAAAUGCGUCAACCCUUGGCAAGCAAUGGGACAUGAUGGGACCGGUGUUAGAAAGAACGGUUGGAUCCUUUAGGCUUCUUCCUCCUACUGAUAGUUAUGUUCCUCCUUACAAGGAUCCAUGGAGGUUUUGGUGAUCAUUUUCCAUCUACCUCAGCUUCUCAGCAAAAGUGCCUUCUUUUUUCUUCCGAAAUUGUAGUUAAAUUUGAUAUGAGAGGUUGAGAAUGGCGAUAAAUCUCUCACUCGGUUAUGAAAGUUGAUGUACAAGAAACGAGCCAAGGGACUAAUUUUCCCAUAUUGAAAGAUCUUGUUCACUAUCAAAUGUAUUGAAAGAUAUAAAUGUUGUGUCCAAUAAUUUUUUAUGCAUAUGUUGUUCUUCGGACUAAGAAUAUAAUAAUAUCAAAUCAGAGCUUUUAUUAUAUGAUAUAUACACAAAAAGGGCAAAAGUAGAGAAACUUUCUCCAUAGUCCCUCCUCUCAUGGGGCUUGCUUAAUACAUUUGAGUCGUCCUCCUUUAAAUUUUCUGGGUAGCAUAAAAAAAUUAACAAAAGCAAAAAGACAUAAAUGGAGGGGAGCCACAAAAACCGGCUUCUUCAACCCUCUUUAUAUAAUUAAGAUUAUUAUCUGAAUAAAUGACCACAUAAUUAUAAAGAUACAUAACAAUAACCAUUGUCCCAAUGGCAACCACCCACCAAAACCAUGAAAGAUUAGGCCAAAUGUGUUGUUGUUGUUAAGGUAAGUAGAAGCACAAGCAAUAUACAAAAAUGAUCAUCCAUGGCCGCCUCGGUUUAGAGAAACCAGCAGCUCUUUUUCACAAACAGAUGAUUCAGCUCUAGCUUCUACCUUUCUUUCCUCUUUUCAUGGAAUUGGUGGGCGCAUUGGACAUCACCCCACCGUGAAGAUCACGCCGUUACUCUUCUUCUCCGACAGGUCCUUGUCUGAAGACGAGUCAGACGUGGCUUCUUCUUCUUCCUCCUCCUCCAGAUUCUCGUCCAGACGAAUCACCUCCGAACGGCACUCGCUACUGCAAGAAGAAGAGUACCUGUACAUGUAUAUAUCUUUCCCCAUACCCAACUUCUUGUUACAAGACGAGCAGAAGCUCAAGAAGUCACGGGAAGGUAACACGUCAGUAAACGUUGUCAAGUCAAGAGGAGCAAUUUCAAAAAUGCUCUCUUUCAUGUAACCACAACAACUUUUCUUCACCCCAUUGUGCUCUAGCGACUCCAGAACCUGAUCACCGUAAAAAUGGGUGAUUUUGGGGUUAGAACCGUGCGAAAUAACACAAGUGUAGUCCUCUGAGAUCUCAAUGUCACUCUCGGUAUGCCCAAUAAGUGAUCCUUGGGUUUGCUCCAUCACCUGACAAGCAUUGACAAGCAUUGAGCUACCAAGCUCAAUCAAUCCAACAAUGGGUUUAUCAUCAUUGUGCAUAUGAGUUCUGGCAAAGGGCUGAUGAGGUUUCUGGCAUCUGGAAUUUCCAUUUCUCAUCAACGACCCAAAGAUCAAGUUUCUGCUAUCCGGCGAUGGCAGAAGAAUCCUUGAGGAAUCGGUGUGAUGAUCAUCAAGAGAAUCCACAAUACUCAAGCCUACUUUUCCAGAAUCCCAGCUCUUUUGAUGCACUUUUCGGAUUGACCUCGAGGAACACCCACCAAAGGGGUUCCCCAGACUCGAGAACAAUCUGAAAUCCAAAGGAGACGUUGGGCUCCAAGCUGUUUCGUAAUCAGAUGGAGACUUGACUUCGUACACACCGGAGAUGAUUCCGCGGUUCUUAAGCCCCGAUAACUCCGGUUUUGUCGAAUAGAAAUCGGAACCAGAGACCAUUUGAUUGUUAGGAUGCUGAGGCAUGCUUGAUCUGCGUCUAAAGGACUUGUUCUUUCUUGUGCGGUAGAAUUUAAUCAGACUAUUGAAGAAGAGGGAGAAGAAGAACCCAGAAAUUGCAGAGAGCUAAGACAAUGCGAAGUCUUCGUCUAUAUCUGUGCAAGUCUUGUGAGGUACUCUUCUUUUCUUUCUCUCUCUCUCUCUCCUCAAAAUCAGCGAAGCAGUGAGCUUCUCAGAUUCUCUCUCUCUCUCUCUCGAAUUCACGUUUUAAGUUCUCUGAGA